AUGGUAGGAAAAACAUUUGUGUGAAAAUUUCGUAAAAUAAUCAAUUUUCGUACCAAGUAGUGUUUAAAUUUCGGGAAAAAUCAGUAGAUUUUGUAAAAUAAUCGACGGAGAAUCGGGUUUCGCAAAGGAUUUGUGACAAAAACGCGUGUUUGAACACGAAAAAGUGGCUAAACGGGUAGCGUUGAGAUUAUUGAUAAAAAUCCAAUUGGUUUGACAGGAAGUUUAGUUGUUGAAUAGAUUUCCGAUCACGGGAAAAUUGCAUAAACGAACGAAAUAUUGCAAGAAAAUCAAUAAAAAAUGGGUAAUAUACACACCGUUGGACCAAAUGAAGCCUUAAUUGUGUCCGGAGGAUGUUGUGGCUCGACCAAAAAACGCACGAUAGUUGGCGGUUGGGCAUGGGCAUGGUGGCUCGUAACUGACGUACAACGCCUCAGUUUGGAAGUUAUGACACUAAAUCCGUGCUGCGAGAUGGUAGAGACAGCGCAAGGCGUUCCCCUAACAGUUACGGGUGUCGCUCAAUGCAAAAUUAUGAAGAUGAUGAACGCGUAUUACUUCCAAAAUCAGCCAGAUGAACUUUUGGGUACCGCAUCGGAGCAAUUUUUGGGCAAAUCUGUGCGUGAAAUCAAGCAAACCAUCCUUCAAACGUUGGAAGGACACUUGCGGGCGAUUUUGGGAACACUUACGGUCGAAGAAGUGUACAAAGAUCGCGAUCAAUUCGCCUCGCUCGUACGAGAAGUCGCUGCUCCCGAUGUCGGGCGCAUGGGAAUCGAAAUUCUCUCGUUCACCAUUAAGGAUGUUUAUGACGACGUGCAGUAUUUAGCGUCUUUAGGCAAAGCUCAAACGGCAAAUGUCAAACGGGAUGCAGAUGCGGGCGUCGCUGAGGCAAAUCGUGAUGCCGGAAUUCGCGAAGCAGAAUGCGAAAAAAGUGCCAUGGAUGUCAAGUACUCGACUGACACGAAAAUCGAGGAUAAUUCGCGGAUGUUCAAGUUGCAAAAGGCGAAUUUCGAUCAGGAAAUCAACACGGCAAAAGCGGAAGCGCAACUCGCCUACCAACUGCAAGAAGCGAAAAUUCGUCAAAAAAUCCGUAAUGAAGAGAUUCAAAUUGAUGUCGUCGAACGCAAGAAACAAAUCGAGAUUGAGCAACAAGAAAUUCUGCGCAAAGAUCACGAAUUGCAAUCGACCGUUAAGCUUCCUGCUGAAGCCGAAAGUUACAAAGUUCAAGUCAUUGCGGAGGCAAAACGGACUCAAACGGUCGAAAUUGCUCGCGCCGAAGCCGAACGCAUCAAAAAAAUCGGAAGUGCCGAAGCUCAUGCCAUCGAACUCGUGGGUAAAGCUGAAGCGGAGAGGAUGCGCAUGAAAGCCGCCGUCUACAAACAAUACGGAGAUGCUGCCAUCAUGAACAUCGUUCUCGAGUCGUUACCAAAGAUUGCAGCUGAAGUUUCAGCUCCGCUCGCGAAAACCGAUGAAAUUGUCCUCAUCGGCGGCAGUGACAAUACAACGGCUGAAGUUGCGCGUCUCGUUGGGCAAUUGCCGCCCGCCAUAAGUGCCCUCACGGGUGUCGAUUUGUCGAAAGUUUUGGGCAAAAUACCGGGCGCCAACGUAAAAGCCUAAAAAAAUUAAAAAAAAAUCAUGGGGCGCUCAAAAUUUUCAAUUUACCAGAUUUUUUGCUGCAUUUACUACUUAUAUAUAACAAUUAUAUAUACAAUUAUUAUACACAAUAUACAUCAAAAACACACACAAACUAAUCGCAACGCGUCAAAACUUCCAAAAAAAUUCUUUAAAGCUUUUAAAUAUUUUUUUCGUAUUAAAGUUCGAAACUGAAAAGAGCCAAAAGAAACUCGAAUAAUUAGAAUAGAGACAAAAAAUAGUGAAACGAUAUCGAAUGUUUGUGUCAAGAAAUAAUUUCAAGUCGUUCAAAACGACAAAAUCACCAACAAAAAAAAUUGCAACCAAAAAUCAAUCAAAUAGAUGUGAAGUUAAUGAAAGUUUUUUUCACCAGCCACUAAUUUUAUCCACUUUUACAUCCCCUCUUAUGAGCUACAAACAAAAAAAAAAUCGUAUUAAAUAUUGUACCAAGAGUUUAAAAAAAAGUACAUUUAAAAUUAAGUAAAAAAUUAAACUAACUAAACUUUAUAAAUAAAAUUAAAAAAAAAUAAUGAGAAAAUGGAGCCAGAUCCAUUUUUGUUGCCUAUACCUCAAUGAAAAAAAAAAUAACUAAUUAGAUGUUUAUUAUGACUUUAAAAAAAAUGAAAGAAAAAAAGUAAAUUUAGUAGCUAAUAUAUGUGUGAAUAUUGAAUUGUUUAUGAUCUGCCAAUAAGUCUUCUUAUAUCUGAUUCCUUUUUUUUUUUUUUGAGUCAAGAAAAAAAAAUUGUAAAUUUUUAGUUUUUAAGAAUUUUUUGUUAUUAUUUUUAUGGGAGAAUUUAUAAUUAUUAUAAAAAUUUAUUUACAAUAUUUUUGUUUUAUUUUUUUUUUAGUAGAUUUAAGUCAAUUUCAAUCAAAGAUAUUAAUGGACUUGUCAAUUUUUUUUUUAGUUUUAAGAAAAUUUGUACAUUCUAAGCUUUAUAAAAAAAUGAGUUUUGAGAUUUAUGACCAGUAAAUAACCAAUUUAUGUAAAUGUAUUUAAAGAAGAAUUGUAUUUUAUUAUU